AUGAAAACCUUCAACUCCUGCUGCAGUUUCCCACUGAGAGUCGUCCCACCGAAUAAAUACUCCGUAUGAAUCCAAUAAACGAUAUCUCACGAUUGCUACUACAUCGUAGCCAUCGACAGCUCCAAGCAGAGACUCUGAAUUACCAGAAACUCGUCCAGCCAAGUCCAGCAAACCCCCGACGGCGGUAGGUAUGCGUCGAGACUCGCCACUCGACGUGACUGUUUGCACGAACCGCCCUCGCCACCGUGGCAUGUUGCUGCGGAACUCUCAGGAAAGACGGUGGCUGGCGGCCAAAAGGCGCCGCGACAGGAGCACGGCCAUGUUGGUUCGAGACCUCUUUGCCUGUCUCAACCGCGACAUGCUCAUCAUACCGGUGACGGAGCUUGCCAUUAGCGAAUUUGACGUCUCCGUCGGCGACCAAGACAGCGACAAGCAGCUGGAGGACCCGAAAGAGCUGGUCUUUUUGGUUUGUUCUUCUUCACCGAGGAUCGGAAUAGUCAAACUCAAAGCGGAUAUUGCAGACUGGAGACGACCAAGAAUCCAAAGAGGAAGGUUUCAAAAUGGAUGAAGAAAUACUCAAAGAAGAAGAAACGACGUCAAACGCUGCUUUCGUGCUUUCAAAUCGUAGACUGUCGGCGACGAAAUCCUGGCACACGUCUCCCCUUUUUGUCGUAUUCCUGGAUGUUCCACUGCCAGAGGAGAAUAUUUCAACAACGGCGUCGUUCAUCAGAAGCGGGCAGCGCGAGAAGACGUCGAAUCGCGUGAGAAACACCGAAAAGCCUAAGAUGUCGUGCUCCGCCACGUUCCGAGAAGUUGACGAAGCGAAGAAAAAGCUGCGCAAAUCGUAAGUUUCUCCGAGUAUAGUUAGUUCAAACUUUUGAAAAAUAUUGGGAUUAAAACACAAAUAAGAGGUGGUCUUACGGCCUGUUAAGAAAUACUGGCUGGGAAGUUUGACAGCGCAAAUGUAUCACAUGAACAAAAAGAAAGAUCAAAAUGGCUUUUCGACUUUUUAUAAAAUCUGCCUUAAAUCUCAACAAACUCGCAUGUUCUUAAAAAAAUAAUGAAAAAAACAAAAAUUGUAAUUAUCUUCUAAUUCUGAAAAUAUUUUUGAACCUUCUUUCGAAUAUUCACCCAAUGAUAAAACACACUUCGAAUUUCAACUUUGAAACAUUUUUUUUUUCAAAUAACUCACUUCCGUGUAAAGGCCAACAUUUGAGAUUGUGCUGAUUUAAAAACAAAACGCGGCUGUUUUUGUUUUUCACUUCGUUUUCCCUUGUUUUUGGGAAUAUUUCGUCAACCAGAUUUUCCUGUAAAAAAUACCGCGAGUUCCUACGGAAAAAAUCCAUGUUUUUUUCGUUCCCUUGUUUGGUGUGAUUGAUAAACUUUUCGUAAAAAAAUCACUUUAACUCAAAAAUUCAAUCAAGACAAGCAUGUUUCUUUUUAAUAAAAAAACAAUUAUACUUUGAAAUUUUCUGGAGGUCAGUCGUCGCCUUACCUGAAAAAAAUGAUUCUGGAUAAUUUGUUGUAUCUUUUCUGCGCUCUUCUCAAACCUUCAAGAAAGAAAAUUGGUUCUGGCUAUAACUGUUCCGUUUUUCUUUACAUUUCACAUUUCCGCUUUUAUUUCUCUUCUUCAUUUACUGUAUUGAACUACUUUUUCAUAGUCUGUGCGAGAGUUCAACUUUUCCUCGACAGUUCAAACGGACAUUCUGUUCGAGAACAACUUCACACUUUGCCGAGGAAAAAAGGUAAAGAAAAACGGUUUGCGUGCUGAUUUCAAUAGCGUUUCGCUUAUGAUUUCUGUUUGCACAAGCCGGCAGCCAAAAAGAUUACAAGAAUCGCGGGAUUUCUCGAGAGCUGUUAGGAAAGCGCGGGUGAAACGUCACGGCGUUCAACGAGGCAAAAGUUCGAAAAGUUGUGGGCCAUCGACCCCGUGAUGGAUCUUAUAUCGAACAAAUAUGAGAAGAUUCCCAUCUUUCAGAUUUUCGAGGGCUCUCACCGUCGGGAGCCGACUUUUAUUCGUUCUUUGAUAACGCUGCCGAACGACAGUUGAUCUCACUUUCCUCUUUCUCUUUUUAUUGGGAAAAGAUUUACAACUCCUCUUAAUCCCUUAUUUUUAUUUUUUUUUUUGAACUUUUUUGGUUAAUGAUCUGAAAUCUCUGUUAGGAAAUAUGGUCGGUUCCAAAAAACUUAUUUCGCGGAGGCGCCAAACUUUAAUUCCAACUUUACGCGGAGACAAAUAGUUAUUUUCUUCGUAUUUUCCAAAGGCUAUUGAUUUCCAAUCGAUGAAGCUUCCUGGAGAAUCGUUUGUGCCUUCAUAGAUAAAGCUUUUAAAGAAUUUUUUUGGCGCUAUAUCGAUAAACUCCUUCUGGAUUAUAAUUCGAAAGACUUCAACUUUUUUUCCUUUUUUUCGACAAAAAAAUAUUCAUUUUUUUCAUGCUCAUUGAAGAUUCAAAUUGUAAAAUAUUUCUCGCAUCACAAGCGAAAUGCGGGAAACAAAGUAGAAACGGAAAUCAGACUCAUGUGCAACAAGUGGCGGCUCAAAGUAGAGCAAAGUGUAAUGGAAGCUGUUUUUACUUUUCAUUAUUUAUCCACUCAAAACCCUUGUGAUAACUUCCUCAGAGAGUCGAACAGCUUGUUUUCACUGUUUUCGCCCCCAAAAAUCGAUGGUAGUCUGAGCAGCAAGAGCAUAGAUCGCAUUUCUUCCGAGUUUUUUUCUCCUCCGGCAGCUGGCCACUUGUUGGGUUCUCCCGACCUUUUCAUGAGUUCAUUCCGACGUUUCAGGGCGAAGAUGGCGACGGAGGUGGUGACAGCGACGCCGUCCGAAGAAUUCUGCUUCGCGACGACGUCAAUCGACCGGCCGUUCCGGCUCGUCGUCCAGAAGAGCACUUUCCUGAUCGACUCCAAGUCGAUGAGCGCCAUCUCUCCGGUAUGUCUUUCUUUUUUUGCAAAAAAGGGUGAUGAUUAGAUUUUUAUUCAUGGUCCUGGGCUGAUUGUGGCUUUUUUAAUAGAAGUUUCGACUUUUGCUUGUAGGAGUUUCUAGAGGCGCUGAAAAUUUUUUCCUGAAGUGGUUUUCCCACAACAACACUAUUUUUUUGGGCUUAACUUUUCAUAUAACGACGAAAACCAAAAUAAAAAAAUUUUUGUUUCCAAUCAUUUAAAAUUAUGAAUUAAGAUAUACCAGUUGAGCUCUAUCACAGACAAAAAGUUCCAGCGGGUUUUUCUUCUGGUGAAAAAGUUUGGAAAAAGGGCUGAAAAAUUGGGCUCGGAGGCUGUUUUAAAACUCAAAAAGGUGGCCGGUGUGACAACAACUAAUAUAACUUUUUUUAUACUUUAAAGAAAAAUACUUACCAUUUUAAACCUUAACCCAGCCCCCAGCCUACUCGCUUCCUGGUAUUUUUUUCAGCCAUCACUUCUUUUUUUCGGAAAAGUUAUGAAAAAAACCGCGACGGAAAUCUUUUUUUACCUUCCCUUUUUAAACAAUUUCUGUCUUAUUCUCUUCCUCGUAAUUUUCAAAGAUGUUUCCAAAUCGGACACAGAAUAAAUUUUCGUUAUGAAAGUUCUUCAAAGCAGUUUUGGAAAAAAAAAAAAUUGGAAAUCAAAAAAUUAACGAAAAAAGUUCCAACCAAAUUUUAUUGGAAAACUUUUCUCUCGUUUUGCGAAGGUUUUCAUCUCAUUUUAACCUGUGCUUUGUUCCAAACAUUGUGAGAAUCGAACUGACCAAAACGCUUCCUUUCAGAUCUUCACGGCGAUGUGCUUUGGGAAAGACUUUGACGAGAAAGGCAUGGCUUUGUCGCGCGACAUCGUCGAUGAGAAGUCCCGCGACAUCGACGUCUUCCUCCGAGCUGUCCACGACACGACCUGCAUCAAUCGUAGGCUUCUAACAAACAGCAGUCGGAAACCUUGGUUUCCAGCGCAAAACUUCGCCCUCGUUCUUCGCCUCUCUCACAAGUACCAGGUGAUGCCGGUAGUGGAGGCCUGCGAACAGUUCAUCCUGCAGCAGGACCUGGAGUCAGUUCCCUUCAUCACAUCCCGAAAAACGGAAAACUUUUAGUUCCAUCAAAGCGGAAGACAUCCUGACGUUGCUGAUGGCGGCCCAUGAACACCACUGCUCCAAGGAAGUCCUCGUCGGUCUCAUCCGCAGACUUGCCUCCGAGGGCAACGUCGUCUUCACCAAACUCAAGAUCAGCCGUUUCUUGAACGCACAGGCAAUCUCAUAAAUCAGGCUGGCUCAAAGAAAAGUCUCAUUUCAGGUGUACGGUGCCGUGAUCUCGACGUCGAUGAACAUGGCCCAAAUCAGAGAGCACGAGUCGAUGAAUGGCCAUCACAUGAAAAUGGACAGGUCAUCUUUACUCCUCAAACAGAAAGAAAUAACUUACCUUCGGUAAUAUAAAGCUGCUACUUUCAGGUCGAAGACGAGGUGGAGAGCUGGAAUCUGCGAGAUUUGCCGUGGUGUCACAGAAUGCGCCAACUGCGAAGAGUGUAGAAAGGUAUGAUCAUUUUCUUUUCUUGAAAUCUAUCAAAUGGGAUUGAAAUAGCUGUAUGUUGUCGAUUUUAAGUUCGGCUUUUGGCUUCUUUUUUCGGACCUCUUGAACUAUAUUCAGUUUCUUCAAAGUUCUAUCUUAAUUGUAGUUUUUCUUUUACACUUUCUUUUUUCAUAACUCAAAGUCUGACCUUUUCGGACUUUUUUCUUUCAUCCACAAGACCAGCACGCGUUAAAAAGCACACAUACAUUAUCGAGUAGUGCUGGUAAAUAAGUUAGGUUCAAAUACAAAAAGAAAUUUUUGUUUUCAGUACGUCUGCAAGAGACAUGUGGGAGAGCUGGCGUGUCCGAGCGACUUUGGGCAGAAAAAUAUCGAAAACUUGAAGAAGAAUCUUGUCGAUUUUGAUUGGAACGAUUGA